CACCCCCCUCCUUUUCUCCUCUCAUCUUCCUCUCAUUCUCAUUUCCACCCACCCUCGCUCUGUUUUUCCUCUCUCUCUCUCUCGGUCUCUCUUCCGCAGUUCAACACUUUCCAUCUUGCCUCUCUCAAGGCUACACGCACUGACGGCAGCAUGUCUAUUGUGAGCAUCGUUGCCAGGGAAAUCCUGGACUCUCGGGGAAACCCUACAGUGGAAGUGGACCUGAGAACUGAUAAAGGUCUGUUCAGGGCUGCAGUGCCCAGUGGAGCGUCUACAGGCAUCUAUGAGGCUCUUGAACUUAGAGAUGGAGACAAAAGCCGCUACAAAGGCAAAGGUGUACUAAAGGCUGUCGGUCACAUAAAUGAUACUCUUGGACCAGCCGUCAUUGCAUCUGGGAUCGAUGUGGUGGAGCAAGAGAAACUGGACAACCUCAUGAUUGAAAUGGACGGGACGGAGAACAAAUCCCAGUUUGGUGCUAAUGCCAUUCUGGGAGUGUCUCUUGCCAUCUGCAAAGCCGGUGCGGCAGAGAAAGGCGUCCCCCUGUACCGCCACAUUGCUGAUUUGGCAGGAAACACAGAACUCGUGCUGCCCGUUCCAGCUUUUAAUGUUAUUAAUGGAGGCUCCCAUGCUGGAAACAAACUAGCGAUGCAAGAGUUCAUGGUACUCCCCGUUGGGGCGGAGUCGUUCCGUGACGCGCUGCGUGUCGGAGCCGAGCUUUAUCAGACGCUAAAGGGUGUCAUUAAAGAGAAAUAUGGCCAAGAUGCCACCAACGUUGGUGACGAGGGAGGUUUCGCCCCAAACAUCCUGGAAAACAGUGAAGCGCUGGAGUUGAUUAAGACGGCCAUUGACAAAGCGGGUUUCACAGAUAAAGUCGUGAUCGGUAUGGACGUGGCUGCCUCCGAGUUCUACCGUGAUGGAAAGUACGACCUUGACUUCAAGUCGCCCCCAGAUCCCAGCAGACACAUUAGUGCAGAUGAGCUUUUAGAAAUCUACCAGACGUUCGUCAACGACUAUCCAGUGGUGUCCAUUGAGGAUCCAUUUGACCAGGACGACUGGCCCGCUUGGACUAACAUGACAGGGUCCAUGGGGAUCCAGAUUGUGGGAGAUGACCUGACCGUGACAAAUCCGAAAAGGAUAGAGAAGGCUGCGGAAGACCGUGCCUGUAACUGCCUGCUGCUGAAGGUCAACCAGAUCGGCUCUGUCACAGAGGCUAUCCAGGCGUGUAAACUGGCCCAGGCCAACGGAUGGGGCGUGAUGGUCAGCCAUCGCUCAGGAGAGACAGAAGACACUUUUAUUGCUGAUCUAGUGGUGGGGCUUUGCACUGGACAGAUAAAGACAGGAGCUCCCUGCAGAUCCGAGCGCCUCGCCAAAUACAACCAACUUAUGAGGAUUGAAGAAGAACUGGGCGAUCAGGCUCGAUUUGCCGGGCACAACUUCAGAAACCCCAGCGCUCUGUGAGACUGACAACACGACACUUAAAUCACACAACAACGACUGACCACCUGCACUGAACUGACUGACUGACUGACCCGACUCCCCCUGAGAUAACUCUGAAUGCAUUAAAACAGCACUGUUUGCACUGAUAUACAAAUAAUGACCAAGACACGCACAUAAAAAGUAAACUGAGGGCAGGCUUUGAAAGACCAAAUAUUAUGCACAGUGAUCCUGCUUUAGACUGACAUUAUGCACAAAAGAUACUGAAUUAUGUGGGUAAACCAUGUGCACAGGGUGAAUACGCAUGCAUGACAUUAUACAGAUAUCAGACGGAUAAAAGAACCUUGAAUUUAAGCAUUCAUUUUUAAGGUCUAAAAAAGAGGUUUGAUAUAAAUAAAAGAAGAGAGAUUUAAUAUUAAAUGUAAUCUAAGAUUAUGAAAUAUAUGUACACUGUUAAAA